CGCACGCAGCUCUUGACGAGUCCUCGAACACCUCAGUAGAAUGCCCCUACGGUGAUCCGUACAUCGCCAAGCUCAGAGCAAACCAAGAUGGCGUCUGCAUCUGCAGACAAGACGCUGGCCGAGCUGCUGCAUCUCGAUCCUGCCGUGCUCGUAGGCGCAGCAGCGUCGGGCAUCAUCGCCAGGACGAUCUGUCAUCCGCUGGAUACGAUGCGGAUACGCAUUCAGACUGCCAAAGGAUCUACUCUGCCGCCUUUGCGCGAGCUGCUGCCCACGCCUCGAAUACGUCUUUAUGCGGGAUUGCCUGUCGCUCUAGCAGUCGGCGUGCCAGCCUUGACAGCAUAUCUGUCUGUCUUUGAAGGCAGCAAGAGCCUGAUCAUGCGCAAAGUCAACCCGGACGAUUCGCUGAUACACCAGCUGCCGAUCUUUGUGACGGCGGCGAUCAUGGCCCAGCUUAGCUCUGCCGUCAUCUGGACCCCUCUGGACGUGUUGAAGUCGCGUUUGCAGGCAGGCAGGGACGGCACGAGCGCGUUGAAUUUGCUCGUCAAGAUCUACAAGACCGAGAAAUUACGCGGCUUCUAUCGAGGCUAUCUCAUGAGCACCGCGCUAUUCGGGCCUCAGCUGUCUGCCUAUUGGACGUGCUACGAAAUCCUCAAGAAACGAUUAAUACCAGGCUAUUCUACACGCACGAGCAACGCGCCGCCCGCAUCAAAGCUUGGCCUCACAGAGACUGAACUCAUGCUGCGCUACAUGGCUUCGUCCUCUAUUGCAUGCGCUACAGCGGUCACCCUGACGAAUCCAUUGGAUGCGGUCACGGCGCGAUUGCAGACUUCAGGCGGGAGAUACGGCGGUGUUCGGAACAUCGUCAAAUACAUGUGGACUCACGGCGGCCUCAGCGCAUUCACACGAGGCAUCAAAGUGAGGAUAGCCUACGCGAUACCAUCCAAUACCAUCUCGAUGCUCGUUUAUGAGCAAGUCAAGCGAAAGUGGAAGCGGCUAGACUCAGAGUGACGAACAGCAAGUAUGUAGCGAUAGACAAGCCCAUCCCUGGGCGCUCGCAAGUGUAUGUACAGCAAUGACAGCAACAGCAGCAUCUAGAAGUCAGACCC